UUGAGGGGCAGUGUAUGGAAGAUGUCUGGAAAGCGAGGCUGGACCCCUUGGAUGAAAAAGAGAAGAGCUCCAGUGCUGUGCGCUCUGGGUGCAGUACUCCUGUGCUGCCUGCAGGGCGGCGCUUCAGCCUCAGAUGAGGUGCCAGUGUUCACUGAGGAGCCCGUGUCCGUGGUGCAGAAGUUGGGUGGCAGCGUCACCUUGGGCUGCAGCGCCCGACCCGCCUCGGCCAGAGUCAGCUGGCGUCUGAACGGCGAGCAGUUGAUCAACGGAGAUCUGGGCGUGACGGUGGGGCCCAGAAGCCUGUUCAUCCCGUCUCUCUCCAACCUGACCCUGGGCAGAUACCAGUGUGUGGCCAGCACCGGCGCCGGGGCCCUGGCCAGCGUGCCCGCUAACGUCACUGCUGCCAAGCUGCGGGACUUCGAGCCUGACGGCCAGCAUGAGAUCGAAGUUGACGAAGGCAACACGGCUGUUAUUGAAUGUCACGUCCCUGAGAGCCAGCCCAAGGCUCAGGUCCGCUACAGCGUCAAGCAGGAAUGGCUGGAAACAUCCAAAGGGAACUACCUCAUCAUGCCAUCAGGGAACCUGCAGAUAGCCAAUGCCACGCUGGACGAUGAGGGGCCGUACAAGUGUGCAGCUUACAAUCCCGUUACUCAGGAGGUCAAAACUUCAACGUCCACCGAUCGUCUGCGCAUUCGCCGCUCCACGCUGGAAGCAGCCCGGAUCAUUUACCCGCCAGCCACCCGCUCCAUCAUGGUGACCAAAGGCCAGCGGCUGGUGCUGGAGUGUGUGGCCAGCGGCAUCCCCACACCACAGGUCACGUGGGCAAAGGACGGGCAGGACCUGCGCUCCCAUAACAACACCCGCUUCCUGCUCAGCAACCUGCUCAUAGACGCGGUGGGCGAGGGGGACUCGGGCAGCUACAUCUGCAGAGCAGACAACGGCAUCGGAUCGGCCAGCACUGCUACAGUGCUCUACGAAGUGCAGGUUUUCGAGCCCCCUCAGGUGACGGUGGAGCUGCAGCAGCAGGAGGUGGAGCAUGGAGACACGGUGCGUUUCGUCUGCCAGGCCCGUGGGAAGCCCACCCCGUCCGUGAUGUGGCUCCACAACGCCCAGCCCCUCGUCCUGUCUCCCCGCCACCGCCUCACCUCGCGGGGUCUGCGCGUCUCCAACGUAGGCCCCCAGGAUGACGGCCUCUACCAGUGCCUGGCCGAGAACGGGGUCGGGAGCUCGCAAGCCUCCGCUCGCCUCAUCACAGUAUCCACCGGGAUUUCCUCUCGGGGAAGGCUGCCCCCCAUCUAUCGCCCGCUCAGCCCAGACAAGGUGCUGAGGGAGCAGCCUCCCGUGAGGCCCGGCGUCUCUGGCGCCAUGUUGCCUCUGGACUGCUCUGAACUGCCGGGGCAGGUACUGCCCGCAGAAGCCCCCAUAAUCCUCAGUCUGCCGCGCACCGGCAAGGCUGACUACUACGAGCUCACCUGGAGGCCGCGGCAUGAGCGGGGAGCCCCCGUGCUGGAAUAUUUGAUCAAAUACCGAAAGGAGGGAGACCCUCUUGCUGAAUGGAUCUCCAGGAGUAUCUCUGGCUCCCUUCAUAAGCUGACUCUGGCCAAGCUGCAACCAGACAGCCUGUACGAAGUGGAGAUGGCUGCCAAGAACUGUGCGGGUCUGGGACAACCUGCCAUGAUGACUUUCAGAACAGGCAGAGGUCGCAAAGGUCUGGGAGGACAUAUUGAUCCACCAAAAACUCCUGCAGUUCCCUCGCCGAGCCUCUCGCCUCCAGAGGCUCCCGAUAAGCCCACCGUCUCCACGGCGACGGAGACGUCGGCCUACGUGACUUGGAUUCCUCGCGGUAACCGCGGCUUCCCCAUCCAGUCUUUUCGGGUGGAGUACAAAAAGGUGAAGAAAGCCGGCGAGGACUGGGUGACGGCGGUGGAGAACAUUCCCCCCUCGAGACUCUCUGUGGAAAUCAGGGGCCUGGAGAAAGGUACAUCCUAUAAGUUUCGCGUGGUGGCGGUGAACGUGAUUGGUUCCAGUCCUCCCAGCGCCCCUUCCAAGGCGUACACGGUUGUGGGAGGGAGAACACACGAACGCCCCGUGGAUGGACCCUACAUCACCUACAACGAGGCCAUCAAUGAAACCACCAUCAUUCUGAAAUGGACAUACACUCCGGUAAACAACACGCCCAUCUACGGUUUCUACAUCUACUACCGGCCCACAGACAGCGAUAAUGACAGUGAUUACAAGAAGGAUGUGGUGGAGGGAGACAGAUACUGGCACUCCAUCACUGACCUGCAGCCCGAGACCGCUUACGACAUCAAGAUGCAGAGCUUCAACGAGAAGGGGGAGAGUGAAUUUGGAAAUGUGGUCAUACUAGAAACAAAAGCUCGUCCUAAUCACAUGCGGCCGAUUCCAUCAGAGGACCCCAUUUUGGAGCCGGAGGGCACCCGGCCAGUGAUCAGGCACAGUGACAUCCCCUACCUCAUAGUUGGUAUUGUCCUGGGAGCCUUUGUCUUCAUCAUUGUCACCUUCAUCCCCUUCUGCCUGUGGCGAGCUUGGGCAAAACAAAAGCAAACAUCGGACUUGUGUUUCCCCGCCGUGGCGACCCCCGUGUCCUCCUGCCAGUACACGAUGGUUCCCCUUCAGGGACUUGCCCUGGUUGGACACUGUCCGCUGGACGCACACUUGGCGGCUCAACAUGGCAUUUACCCCGCUAACGGAGAAUACCCUCAGAACGGAAAGGCUCACCACCCACAUAACUGCCUUCCAGGACUGCAGCAGGAUGAAGUGAACUGUGAUAUGGAGUGUGACACACUACUGCCACAGAUGGUGUCAAAUGGACAGCUGCCGGUCUAUCACUACUCAAGCAGUGGCCUCGAUUAUCACGAGCAAACCUGCUGCUCUCCCGAGGACUCCACCCUUCAGCUCCUGGCGUCUUCCCAUCAGGCUGCCAGUGCACAGGAAGUGGGAGGCGACUGCAGCCUCUGUGGUGGGGACAGAGCCCAGGAUAUCGCCCAAAAGCCAGCAUCUCUCCAUCUUCUGUCCGGAGAAGACGAGGGAGUUUUCACCACCCCGUCUUCAAAGGCCUCAACGCCACAAUCCCAAGAUGCUCUAAAGGAAGUGGACAUCCUCCCGAACGAAGCGUCCCCUCAGAGCUCGGGGACGGUCGACGCCACAGAUGCAUAAGACACAGCUGAAUGAGCAGAAGAGAACAAUAGAAAAUAUUUAUUUUUGUAUCACAGAUAUUUAUAUAUUUAUGCUUUUGUACAUAAGUGUCUGAUUAUACUGUAUAUAAGGAUAUUUUCAUAUUGAAAAAGACUAUUCAUUCACCUGCUCACACCAUGUCUUAAACGAAGGGAGUUAAGGCGAUGAACUCCGUCUUCAUUUCCAGGGCAGCGAUGUAGGUUAGACGCUUGAUUCCCCAUGUGAAGAAGAGGGCUCUUCCUCUCAGUGCAGCACUUCACCUGUAGACCCUCCCCUCCUCUCCUCACGUCAUUCCUCAUAAACAUCCCUCCAUCUUUUGGACUUUAGGUACUUAGCUUUAUGCACAACAGAAUCAAAGGGACCAUUUGAAUCAGUCUGAUGCCGUAACUGUGAGGUGCUGCGCCGCUCUUUACCUCUGUUGUCAUGUUUUCAAGAUACAGUUGUCGUUUUGUAUAGCAGUAACACAAACGUAUUAUGCAUUGCUCAUCAUUAACAACCUAUUAACAAGUGUAUGCAAACAUAAAUCAUUGUUUCAGUAGUGUACAACAGAUUAUAUAUUGUAUAGUUAUUUAUUUGUUUUUGGAGUUUUAUUUCUUAAAUCACUGAAUGGGAGAGAUUCUGGAAAAUUACUCAGUCAUUGAUAAGCUGAACUUUGUACCGCAGCCACUUCUUUGUUUACUCAUUUGCUGGUUACCAAAUGACUGCCAGGUGAUGGUGCUGUGACAGGUGUGUCAGUAUUAUUCCUCCAUCACCGGUCAGUGCGAAAGUAUUAGUCUUUGACAGAGACAUCUGUGAUUGAAAUGAAGGAGAUCCUGAAUCUACACUCCCUGAAAGGCGCAGCCACUCAUGGCUGCUCAUGCUGGAGCACUAUUGCAUGUAAAUAAAAAGCUUAUGAAAUGAGA